CUCUUCUAAUCGCAUUCGUGUGCAAAUAUAUACAUGCAUGCUCGCGAAGAGCGGCGCUUUAGAAUCAGUCCGGUUUUUGAAGAAAUAUGGCGGAUGUCGAGCUAGCAAAAGCUUUGAAGGAUUUACCGAAUCGAGUUCAGACCGCCAGCAAGAAGGAGCGGCGUGAAAUUCUGCAAAAUGUCGUCAACGUAUUAUCAAACCCCGGCAUUAAUGACAAAAUUGUCAAUGGGAUUUGUAAGGUGGUAUCGCUUACCUUACAUAGGUACAAGGAUAGUGCUUCUCAGUCCUACGUGAAAAAUCUAAUUGUAGAACUACUUAAAAAACAACCAGAAGCUACCAUCAAACAUAUGACAACUGUAAUUUCAGAGCAAGCUACUUGGCAUAAAAAUGUGGUUGCGACUUUGAAUACUGCUUUAACUGCAUAUACUGCAUUGAAAUGGUCAAACUUAGUUAUUCUUCAUGGAUAUAAUGUAUUGGAUAAUACUGAGAUGAAUGAAUAUUUAGCAAAACUCAUUGAAGCACAGGCAAAUUUAUCUGCCGCAGCUUUGGCAUCUGCAGAUAAAAAACUUGCAAACAAGGUGUACACAUUACUCGCAUAUGAAUGGACAGCUAUUAAGGACAUAGAAGUUAUUUAUGUGGAAAAUUUAACAAAAUUGGAGCUCGGUAAUGGUGUAAUUAUUCUAGCCAGCUUACUUACAAAAUAUUUAGUUGCCACACAAAAAAAUGAUUUAGUAGAACAAUUAAAGAUAAACAUGAUAGACAUUUUUAUAAAAGUGACGAUCAGUUGUAAGAAGAAGCCAGAUUUAUACGUAGUGGAUGUAGCUGUACCACUUCUUCGAAGAUUAACUCACGAAGAGUUUAAAACUCAAUUACUUCCUGCUUUACAGAAAGCAAUGUUGCGAAAUCCGGAAAUUAUCAUUGAAUCAGUCGGUCACAUUUUAAGCGGAUUAAGUCUUGAUUUGAGCCAGUAUACCCAAGAAAUAAGUAAAGGAUUAUUUGCUAAUCUACAUUCUAAGGAAGAUUUAGUGAGAGAUGAAGCGGUCGGGGCAUGUCGCAAGCUUGCUCUACAAUGUUCCGAUACCACGGCUCUGGAGAUGUUGCUCUCAUCCGUAUUUGCGGUGUUUCACGGAUCAGAGGGUAAGCUUACGGUCGCGACACACAAAAUCUCUGUGUUACAAGGAGCCGGCAAUCUUAGCUGUAAUGUAGCUUCGGGCAGCAGUGUGCAGAAACUGGCCGAGACGGCGUGUGAGCAUUUCAUCAAGGUACUCGAGACGGAGGUUCACGAGAAGACGCUGAUCCAGGCUCUUGAAAUGAUGGCACUGUGGUCCAAAAAAUUUUCGUCCGCUCUACCGAAAAUCGUAGUGGACGCUUUCAAGAAAGGCAUGGCGGCGAAAACAUCUACCGCUGCAGUACGAACAGCUUAUAUCAAGUUGUUCUUCUCGACUCCCGCCACCCCUUACUCGGGAAUAAUAGCCCCAAUUCUCGCGCAAGCGAUAACACGAGCUAUGCAGCAGUGCGCGCAACCGGCAGCGGUGACCGAAGGUCUAGUCGCUUCGUACCUUCUAUUGAAGUUCGUAUUGGCUGACCAGGUGGAGAACGACAAGCAGAAUGUAUUGUGGAACGCAAUCGACGAGCAGAUAUUCUUCUCCGAAAAGUUUCUAUCGACAUGCGGCGACGAUAUCUUAUAUCAUCUUAUGUUGCUAUGCGAACGAUUAAUCACUGAGUUUUCCGACAGAUUAAAUGAAAAGGCUUUGACUGGGAUUCAUCGAGCAAUUGUAUCUUGUGCUACUGCCUCAAAUUCCUCUACACGACAACGAUGUUUCCCAUUAGUCAAGAAGAUUGUGACUGGUUUGAGUACAUAUGCGCCAGCGCAGGCUCUAUUAAUGGAGUUUAACAAGUUUUUGGAAAACGUGAAGAUUAAAUCGGAGUCGGAUAAAGAGAGUAAAGAAGAAUCCUCAAUGGGGGAAAUCACCGGGAGGUGUCUCGCAGACGGAUUGUUUGCUAUAUGCUCGGGUUCCUUUUUAUUUGAGGUACCGACUUAUCAGAUGACCAGAGACGCUCUACUUCCAUCCCAUCACCCGGCAUUGCUCAAAGCUGUACCAAACUUGUGGUUCAAGAUCGCUAAGAACUACAAUCUCGUACCAAAGGACUUUUUACGCAGUUACAGUAACGAAGUGAGGAAAAUGUUGAUUCAGAAUUAUAAACCGAUACCGACUUACGAAAAUGCACUUGUAAAAAUCGUAUCUCUCGCACCAGAUGCUUUUCUACCUGCGUUAGUAUCGAAUGUUACAAGUAAACUUGAUGAUCCAGAAAUUUUAAGAGUUACCAAGGACGAAUAUUUUACGUAUCUCACUCCCGAAGGAGAACUUUACGACAAGAGUGUAUUGCCCGUCAACGACGAAAAUGAUAUUCUUAAUUCCAUGAAUAUGAAGAGAGAAAGUAAGGUUUACUCGUUUAAGGAGCAGCAAGAGGAGCUACAACUGAGACGUGAAUUAUAUGAGAAGCGAAAACGAGAAGGCAAGAUAAAGGAACCAAAAUUAACGCCUAAACAAGAAGAGACCUUGAAGGCGCAGAUCGCGAAAGAAAAUGGUAUUCGUAAGAGAUUAACCGAAUUGAAAGCCAAGAUAGAUAAUACCGUGUCUCUGGUGACAUGUUCGAUACACGGUAAUAAGCAGGAACUGUCUUUGUAUUUAAAGGAUCUUUUACCACCCAUUUUGAAGAAUCUGGGCUCUCCAUUGGCAGCUCCCGAAAUGUCGGAACUAUAUGUAGCCCUUCGUCGAACAGUAACCAUGGAUAAUAGCGUCAUUCUAGGUGAUCUCAUCGCUCAUGUUACAUUGCGACAAUUGCAACCGCAGUGCGAUUUGGAUCAAGCUUGGGAAGAGGAAAAUCUCGAUGUAGCGGUUAAAAGAACGUUGAAUCUGAUACACACGGUAACGAUCAAGAAGAAGGAAUUAUUCACGGCGCCUGCGUUUUGUUACGUUUUUCCCUUUAUAAGAAAGACUUUGUUAUCAUAUAAGGACGACGGCAUGAUAGUACAGGGAUUACAAUUGAUUCAGGAACAUGCCAAGCAGAGAGGAGACAGCUCUACCGACCUGAAAGACAUCAGACAUCCUAGACUUUUGCCGCGUAAACAAAUGUUCGAUUUGCUUAUCGAACUUAUGGAGACCACAACAGGUCGUGUGCAGUCACACGCGGUGGCGACCUUGCUAGACGUCGCGCAAUCCGGCAGUGGUCAACCAGGUACAGCAAUCGCCAUCAGCGAAGAUAUAGAUUCCUUGAUCGGUGCGUUGCAGAAUUCGCUAUCCACUGUGAGGGACGCAGCUCUUAGAGGAUUAACCGUAAUACGACAAGCUUUUCCGUCCCAAAAGGAGGAUCAGGAUCAGCUCGACAGACUCACCAGAAGAGUAUGGAUCGCUCGAUUCGACGUGAACGAAGAUAAUAAGAUUCUCGCCGGCGAACUAUGGAACGCGGCCGACUUUACCGCGCGCCCGGAAGUCCUCUGCGAGGAACUGAUUUGGGACAUCGCUCAUCCAGUCGAGCCAGUGCAACAGGCAGCCGCUCACGCGUUAGCGGAGAGCUUGGCUAGUGUGCCUCAUUUAACGCCGUCCGUCUUGGACAGUCUGUUGCAGUUGUAUCAGGAGAAACUGGCCAUGAUCCCACCGAAGUUAAACGACUUUGGUCGCGUCGUCGAGCAGCCGAUCGAUACGUGGGGUCCGCGACGGGGGGUAGCCCUCGCCCUGGCCCAGAUAGCGCCGCUUCUCACCGCCGACACUGUACACCGACUCAUCCAGUUCUUCGUAUUGACCGGACUCGGGGACAGGAACCAAUACGUACGCACUGAGAUGCUGACGGCCGCCGUCGCGGCGGUCGAUCUUCACGGCAGCGCGAACAUCACUUCGCUGCUUCCGGUUUUCGAGGAUUUCAUGGACAAGGCGCCGAAAAUCGGCAGCUUUGACUCGAUCAAGCAGUCGGUGGUGAUUCUCAUGGGAUCGCUCGCGAGACACUUGGAUAAGAACGACCCACGAAUCAAACCGAUCGUGAUGCGUCUCAUUGCUGCGCUCUCUACGCCUUCACAGCAGGUGCAGGAGGCCGUGGCCAAUUGUCUACCCCAUUUGACGGACUCCAUUAAGGAAGAUGCGCCAAAAAUCGUGGACAAUCUGAUGGACCAAUUGCUCAAGUCGGACAAGUAUGGCGAGCGUAAAGGUGCAGCGUACGGACUUGCGGGUCUCAUCAAGGGUAUGGGAAUUCUUGCGUUGAAGCAGCUGGAUAUCAUGAGCAAGCUGACCAUCGCUAUUCAAGACAAGAAGAAUUACCGACAUCGCGAGGGAGCGCUGUUUGCCUUCGAAAUGCUGUGUACGAUGCUCGGCAGAUUGUUCGAGCCUUACAUCGUGCACGUUCUGCCGCAUUUGCUUCUGUGUUUCGGCGACUCGAGUCAGUACGUAAGAACUGCCACUGACGACACUGCCAGAGUAGUGAUGAGUAAACUUUCCGCUCACGGCGUUAAGCUCGUUUUACCGAGUCUAUUGGCGGCUCUCGAGGAAGACUCGUGGAGAACGAAAACAGGAUCUGUCGAAUUGCUUGGUGCUAUGGCGUAUUGCGCACCGAAGCAGUUAAGUAGCUGCUUGCCGAGUAUUGUUCCCAAGCUGAUAGAGGUCCUCAGUGAUUCCCAUACAAAGGUGCAAGAAGCUGGCGCGGAGGCUCUGAAAGUCAUCGGAAGUGUGAUACGCAAUCCGGAGAUUCAAGCGAUUGUACCGGUAUUGUUGAAAGCAUUGCAAGAUCCCUCGCACAAGACCGCUACUUGCCUGCAAACGUUGCUGGAUACACAAUUUGUCCAUUUUAUCGAUGCACCCUCACUGGCGUUAAUUAUGCCCGUUGUGCAACGCGCGUUCCUCGACCGUUCGACGGAAACCAGAAAGAUGGCCGCGCAGAUCAUCGGCAAUAUGUAUUCUUUAACAGAUCAGAAAGACCUGACCCCGUAUCUGCCAACCAUUAUACCAGGUCUGAAGACUAGUUUGCUCGAUCCCGUGCCCGAAGUACGCAGCGUGUCUGCAAGAGCGUUGGGCGCUAUGGUACGCGGAAUGGGCGAAUCUAGUUUCGAGGAUUUGUUACCCUGGCUGAUGCAGACGUUGACUUCGGAAACCAGUAGCGUCGACCGAUCCGGCGCCGCGCAAGGUCUCUCCGAGGUGGUACGCGGACUGGGCGUGGAGAAACUUCAUAAACUCAUGCCGGAGAUCAUCAGCACUGCCGAGAGAACGGACAUCGCGCCUCACGUGAAAGACGGAUACAUUAUGAUGUUUAUAUACAUGCCGAGCGCGUUCACCACGGAAUUCACUCCAUACAUAGGACAGAUCAUUAAUCCGAUUUUGAAGGCUUUGGCCGACGAGAACGAAUAUGUGCGGGAGACCGCGUUGAGAGCGGGACAACGUAUCGUCACUCUUUACGCCGACUCGGCGAUAAUGUUACUAUUACCGGAAUUAGAGAAAGGUCUCUUCGAUGACAAUUGGCGUAUUCGGUACUCGUCCGUUCAACUAUUGGGCGACUUACUGUACAGGAUCUCCGGCGUGUCCGGCAAAAUGUCGACCGAGACCGCGAGCGAAGACGAUAAUUUUGGUACGGAACAGUCGCACUACGCCAUCAUAAACGCUUUAGGCGCGGAAAGACGGAAUCGCGUGUUGGCCGGUCUCUAUAUGGGCCGGUCGGACGUAGCUCUGAUGGUACGCCAGGCUGCUCUUCAUGUUUGGAAGGUAGUAGUGACGAAUACACCAAGGACAUUGCGAGAGAUAUUACCGACCCUGUUCACUCUUCUAUUGGGAUGUUUGGCGAGUACGAGUUACGACAAGAGACAAGUUGCAGCGCGAACAUUAGGCGAUCUAGUGCGAAAAUUGGGAGAACGAGUCUUGCCGGAGAUUAUACCGAUCUUGGAGAAGGGCUUGCAGAGCGAUCAAGCGGAUCAGCGUCAGGGAGUGUGCAUAGGACUGUCCGAAAUUAUGGCGAGCACGAACAAGGACAUGGUUCUGACUUUUGUUAUCAGUCUUGUCCCAACGGUUAGGAAAGCGCUCUGCGAUCCGCUGCCGGAGGUUCGCCAGGCUGCAGCUAAGACUUUCGACGGUUUACAUUCCACGGUGGGCGUUCGCGCGCUCGAUGAUAUAUUACCGGCCAUGUUGACCCAACUGAACUCCCCCGAUCCAGCGGAGGCGGAGAACACGUUGGACGGUUUACGUCAAGUGAUGGCAAUCAAAUCGCGUGUAGUACUACCGUAUCUAGUCCCGCAGUUAGCUUCCCCGCCAGUGAACACGAAAGCGUUGUCGAUAUUGGCCAGCGUGGCAGGUGAAGCGCUGACGAGAUUCCUUCACAGGAUCUUGCCGGCGUUACUCACUGCGCUUUCCAGCGCGCAAGGAACGCCGAACGAGUUGCAGGAGUUGGAGUAUUGUCAGGCCGUAGUACUUUCCGUCACCGACGAAGUAGGCGUUAGAACUGUCAUGGAUCAGCUGAUGGAGGCCACGAGAGCGGAGGAUCUCUCGAAACGGCGAAGCGCCGCGACGUUGCUCUGCGCCUUCUGUCGCGACACUCGCGCCGAUUACAGCCAAUAUGUGCCACAAUUGCUAAGGGGCUUGAUCCAUUUGUUCACCGAUGAAGACAGGGAUGUGUUACAGAUGAGUUGGGAAGCUCUCACGGCCGUUACAAAGACUCUAUCAUCCGAGCAGCAAAUAGCGCAUGUACAAGAUAUCAGGCAAGCCGUUCGAUUCGCGGUGUCUGAUCUGAAAGGUCAAGAAUUAUUACCCGGAUUCUGUCUUCCUAAAGGAAUCACGCCAAUCCUGCCGAUCUUUAGAGAGGCUAUAUUAAACGGUUUGCCGGAAGCAAAAGAACAUGCGGCUCAAGGAUUGGGAGAAGUCAUAAGGUUGUCCAGCGCGGCUGCGUUACAGCCAAGUGUCGUACACAUUACCGGGCCACUUAUUCGAAUCCUUGGAGAUCGUUUUAAUUGGAGUGUUAAAGCAGCCGUCUUGGAAACACUUGCAAUCUUACUUGGAAAGGUUGGCGUCAUGUUGAAACAAUUCUUGCCGCAACUGCAAACUACUUUCUUGAGAGCCUUGAAUGACAGUAAUCGGCAAGUUAGAUUGAAAGCAGCUUAUGCUCUUAGCAAUCUAAUUGUUAUUCAUACACGUGUCGAUCCUUUAUUUACUGAACUUCACACUGGUAUCAAGACAGGAGAUGAUCCAGCAAUAAGAGAAACGAUGCUGCAAGCUCUCAGAGGUGUAUUGACUCCCGCUGGUGACAAAAUGACUGAUCCAAUGAAAAAACAAGUUUUUGCAACGCUCAGCAGCAUGCUUAGUCAUCCGGAAGAUAUCACGAGAAACGCGGUCGCCGGUUGUUUUGGUGCGCUUUUACGGUGGUUGAGUCCAGAACAGUUAGCAGUUGCACUGAACGAUCACUUCUUAUGUAACGACGUUAAUGUCGACUGGACACUCAGGCAUGGACGCUCGGCCGCUCUUUUUGUAGCGUUGAAGGAAUCACCCAUUACAGUGUACAAUCCUAAAGAGAAGGAUCGCGUAUGUGCAGUGAUACUUUCAUACUUGGCUGCAGACAGAGUGCAAAUAGUCAUGAAUGGUGUACGAGCGUGCGGAUAUCUAUUUCAGUAUCUCAUGAAUGAAUCGCUACCUGUACCACAGCAAAUUUUAUCACCUUUCGUGAGAUCAAUGAAUAAUAACAGCAACGAUGUGAAGCAGUUACUCGCCCGAGUUUGCAUACAUCUUGCGCGCAACAUCCCACCUGAAAAUAUGUCUGCCGAACUGCUCAGGGCGCUUCUACCGAUGUUGGUGAACGGAACGAAAGAGAAGAACGGAUAUGUCAAAGCGAACAGCGAACUUGCGCUUAUCGCGGUGCUUCGAUUGAGGCAGGGUGAAGAUGAACAUCAGCGUUGCAUGGCUUUCUUGGAUGUUGGCGCAAGAGAGUCUCUGUCUGAUGUGGUCAGCAAAGUGUUGCGUAAAGUUCUUUCUCAGCCGGAGGGCAAAAUAGAGGAAUUAGACGAUACGUUACUCACGUGAGAGCUAUUGUACUUUCCGGGGCUUAUUACGCACUAUACACGUUCCAAUAAUCGUAUUACCCGUCAUUAUUCGCCCGACCUCUAUAAAAAAGAGAUUUAUCAUUCAUGUAUCAGUUAUAUUAUGAACCAACUAGUUCGUUCAACAUUGUAUCUCGAUAAGCAAUUAAAGAGCGUAAAGCGGAAAAGUCGCUCGAUGGCAUUCAACUUACUUAAGCUAAAAUGUCCCGAGCAGGAUCACGCGAUUCAAACUAGGAUUGUAUAUACUUUAACGAGAAAGAUGUUUCUUAUUAUUCAUAUGUAUAUAUCGGCCAUCUGACAUCUAACGAUUCUAAGGUCGAUGAUUGCACUACUUCGAUUCGCACAGACAUUUUCACACUUGAGACAUCAGAGGUGACAUUCUGAAGAAUCCAUUAUCUAAAUUAUUUUUUCCUUGAAAAAUGAAAGACUUAUUAUUUUAAACAAUUUCUCAAUUCAUAUUAAAUAAAUAGUUACAUUAUGGAUUUAUACACUAAUCAUGAUUAUAUUAUACAGUCGCUGCAUCAAAAAUAAAUCUUUCUCACUAUAAGAAAAAAAAUAUGAAAAAAAUUCGUAAAAUUGAUUCACAAUUGAUUCGAAGAAUGUUAAAGCUAUUGAAUUGUAAGGAACAUAAUAGUGAUGAAGUGGUAUAGAAGCUAUUAUACUUAUUAUAAUUAGAUUUUAUCAGGUUUGUUUUA